CAGCAUGUCUCUGGACAUUCGCGAGGCGUAGCUGAUAUCAAUCGGGAGUUCGUCGCGCCCCAAAACGGGCGGUUUGUCCUCCACGAUAGUGAGGGAUUCGAAGCUGGCGACAGCGCCAGUUUUGCGGCUGCAAAAGAGUUUAUCGACUGCCGACGCAAAAUGCCCGCUCUGAAGGACAAAAUCCACGCGGUUUGGCUCUGCCUCUCGAUACCUCAUGCGGAUGGACGGUUGUUUGAGAACGGAGUCAAGGAGUUUCUAGAAUCGAGGAAGGCAAUUCUGGGCAAUAUUCCGAUCAUUGUUGUCUUCACCAAGCACGAUAUUUUUCUCGACGCACUGGAGCUCGAAGCCAUGGAUUUGGAAGGAUGUGAUGAAGCCGCGCUCGAACAGUUCAAAAGAGACUUUUUGAAUAAUCUGUGUAUCAAGCCGCUCAUGGAUGUGGCUGGAAGUGAUAUCCUGCAUGCAACUGUUUCCACAACGGAUGGGUACGAAAAUACUGUACGAGAGCUGAUUGAUCUCACAACUACAAACGUGGAAAAAUUCGUCGCCUCAGAAGCGGCAUUGGCUAUGAUGAUAGCCCAACGAGUAGACAUUGGUCUUAAAGUUAAGGCAUCAAUCGCCAUCGGUAGGAAAAGAUAUUGGAGAGGUCUCGGCUCGAGUAUGAACUUCGCAGGCUUCACCAUGAAGGACUGUUUGUCUGUGAUCCACAAGGACGUCAUUGCCGUAUGGAACUUCAAUGACCCUCACUGCCACUUGGCCAGUGGCAAGUUCCAAGAGCUGAUUCUACAAGAUCUAGACAGGGACGACUUUCCGAACACAGCGGGAUCUUUUACAUUUGGCCUCACCGUGGUCGGGGCAAUAAUAGGUAUCAUGACGCCACUGGCAGCUCCGUUUCUACCGAUCGUUGCACCCAUUGCCGCAGGGAUGGUCAUGGCUAAAUGGGUCUAUGACAUCUAUCAACAGACAAACAUGACCUUACGGCGGAUUAUGGCGUACAUCGUGGAUUUAACAUGUAUCAUGCAGAUUGCGUUCCUGCUGGCGCCGACAGGGCCCAUCUCUCGUCGCGUCAUCAAAAUUGCUAUCAAAGCCUAUGAUGAGGCGGGGAAAAGCAGUGUUCAUUCAGCAAUUCACUCCCAUGUACCUUUAACCCGUACUGGAGGAGACGAUGCACUGGAUGAGAUUGUCAGAUUGAUUGAGCGCCACUCCAUCAAGGCUGAAGAAGUCCAGGACCUGAGAACGAAGAUUGGG